AUGGAUGCGGACGCACUGAGACAAUUCACUCGGCGCAUCGUGAGACUGGAUCAAAACUGGGGUCUUGCUCAGCCACGAAUCAUCGGUCAAGUUCGCAAAUGGCGUAUCGGCGAGCGCUCCAUCUUGGAAUCCAACUGUCUUUUUCAAUUCCCAACAUCUGAAAUGUUUAUAUUCCAUUCCAGCAAGCUACUCAAGUGCUUCAACUGCGCGACAAACCAGAAUUCCACGGUCCUGGACCUCAACGCUUAUGUCCGUGCUGCCUCGUUUGACAUCCUACCCGACCAGUCCGUAAUCAUGGGUCUUGCAUUGAGAGGCGGACCGAGGUUUAACACCUCUAUGCUUGUGUUUGCGCGACUCGAACUGAAUUCCGACAAAACGGCGGUGACCGGUACAGUUCUCCUUCGUCAAACCCUCACCGACGAAUCAGACUGUGAGAAGCCGUUCGUGAGUGCGACCAUUGUUGGCGCCGUCCGCAGCCGGGACAAAACGACGGAAGUUUUGGCAUAUAACCUCUUGAACAAAACUUCGACCAUUAUCGAAACAGACAUACCAAUAGAUUAUACGAUUAGUCGGCGACUCGAGUUUUCAUUUCAUGAGGAAAACUUGUACAUGCUGGCUGACGACUGCACGAAAGCAUACAUUUACUGCUGCCCACGGGACAUGCUUCCCUACGACCAAACCUCGGACACAAGCUACUCGAUUUGCUAUCGCGCGCUCCGUCCCCUCCGAUUUGCAAACUCGACAUGGAAACGGCGAACGAUGGUGUCGUCGCAGAUGUACCGCAAUGCUAGUUUCGUCAAAGUCCACGAUGUGAUGGGCCCGCCCGGGUCCACCUUUGGCACGAGCUUCCGCUUCUGGCAGAGGGCCGACCGUCUCGGAGAAAAAGAUCUCGUGCAGGAAACCAUAGUCCCUGGGGUGUGUCCCGGUGAACUCACGCUUCAAGUGGGGCUCACGGGCCACCAUGUCGUCGCGGCAUUGCUUGGCCCUGGCCAAAGCGGCUUCACGCUCACCCUUGUCUCCAGCAAUCCUGAAGAAGGAUCGUGUUCAAGCCACCAGCUUCAGUUACCCGUGGACUGGAGCGCGCCACCACCGAAUAUACUCAGCGUGGAUGACUACCAGGGCGUCGUUUGGCUCGCAAGUCAUGGAAAUUUGCUAGCUGUACCAUAUGCUUAG